GAACCGAAUGUUGGUGAUGGCGGUGCAUAUAAAUGUACAGCAAGCAAUCAAUUUGGUGAAUCAAAUGCAAAUAUCAAUCUUAACUUUGCAGGAAGUUUUAUUUUUGUUAAUACUUUAGGUGGUGAAGAAGAGGAGAAAGAAAUAGCAAAAGGACCGACAUUUCUUGGUAAACCAAGAAUAAUUCCGAAAAAUGAUGGAGCUUUAAUUGUAAUGGAAUGUAGGGUAAAAAGUGCAUCUAAGCCACAUGGCACGUGGUAUAAAAAUGGCGUACAAAUCCAUGAAAGUCCUUUGUACAACAUGUUUUUUGCAGAACUCGAAGACUCAACAUAUCUCUUACAAUUAAAAUUACAUAAUCCUGUAGCAGAAGAUGCAGGACAGUACAGAUGCAAUAUUAAAAAUGAUCAAGGAGAAACAAAUGCAAAUUUAACAUUAAAUUUUGAACAAGAAAUCGAGGAGCAAGAAAAACUUGAUAAAAAAGACUCUGCUUCAUCACAGCCUGGAUCUCGGCAAGGGUCGAGACCAGGUUCACCAAAGAAACAAUUAAGAUCUCGGGAAGGAACUCCGAAAAAAACACUGAAAUCUCGUGAAAGUACACCAAAAAAAUUGUCCCGAUCAGGAACUUCAACACCUACGCAAGAGGUGGAAACAACUGCUGGCGAUGCCACAACUAAAGUUUCCGGUAUUAAAUCAGAACAAAUGGAAAUUGAUGGCACAAGUACAAAGCGAAAAAGUAAAACAGCUCUUCCACCGACUGAAAAGAAAUCACGACAAAAAUCACCGCGAUAUAAAUCCAAAUCACCACGACUUGAAACUCCUCCGCAAAUUAACGAGGAGAAAAGCAAUGCAAAAAUAGAUGAAAAUUUAACACAUGCAAUACCGACUACUAAAGCAGACGAAAAUUUAAUAAUUGACAAAGAGAAUAAAAGUUUAAGCGCAGAUACGAAUGAAUUAGUGAUAACUAGUGCAUCAAAUGAAGCUCAAGAAACGUUGCGUAAAAAAAGUGAUGCGCAAAAAUUCUUGCACACGUCACUCGAGGAAGAUAUGAAAAAUAAAGACAAAAUAGAAGCUAGAAGAAAAAAGAAGUUAAAAACAGAAACUGAAGAGUCUAUUUCGGAACCUCGUGAAGAAAAGUCGAAGAAGUCACCAUUAAUUAGUAAAAUCAAUCAAGCAAAAGAAAAUGGAGUUGAUAAUACAAAAACUUCAACAAAAAGUAAAGAUCGAGCUCCUGUUGUAAUUGAAAAUGCUAAAUCAAAGGUUAGUAACACGUUACAAAUUUUUACGCUAAUUCCGUUUGUUAAGUAUUUUUCCAAAAAUUAUUAAUC